AUGGCACCCACCGUCCCCACGGCCCUCCCACCUACCAUCCGCGCGCGCGGCAUGACAACCACCCUCGCCGGCCGUGGCGUGAUCGUCGACGCCAUCGAGCCGGUCCCCAAAGCAAUCGGCACGGGGGCCAUCAAGCGCGCUUCGGAUACCUAUGCCUCCGUCUCCUCCGCCUCUCCCGAGAGAGAGCGAGAGCACGGGUGCGACGAGCUCGGAUGGGGAAAGGGGAAGAAGGACUGGGCCCCGCAGGGGAAGAUCCCGGGGUGUGGCGAGGCGGAGGGGGUGUAUCUUGCGAGGUCGGUGGGGAAGAGGGUUGCGAGGUUGUUGGGGUUGGGGAAGGAGAAGGAGAUGAAGAGGGAGGGCGAGGAGAAGAAAUGCGAGAGCAAGGGAAAGGGGAAGGGGAGGGCGGUGGAAGAGUAG